AUGGUGGGAGGGUUUGAUCGCUACUUCCAAUUCGCGCGAUGCUUCCGUGAUGAGGAUCUGCGAGCCGAUAGACAACCCGAAUUCACACAGAUCGAUGUGGAGAUGUCGUUUGUCACUAUGCAAGACGUCAUGGACCUUGGUGAGAGAGUAUGCAAGAACAUGUGGGCAGCUGCAGGGUACGAGAUUCCAUCGCAAUCCUUCCGCCAUAUGACCUAUACCGAGGCCAUGACAUCAUACGGUUGUGACAAGCCGGAUCUGCGGUUUGAUAUGCGGUUAACAAACUUAGACGCCCCUUUCAUCAAUUCCAGCGCCGACUUCCUAAAUAUAGCAGCCAAUGAAAAGUCUAAGAGUGUGGUGGGAUUCAAUUUGGGCAAAUGGAGCAAGUCGAUGAGCAGAAAAGACGUGGAUGCUCUAGUCAAGCAGGUGCGGGCAAGCGGCUGCCAGACGGCCACGUUCAUACAAGUCUCAGCAAAUGAUUCCGAGUGGACCUGGAAGUCAUCUAUUGCAAAAUUCCUGACAAAUGACAACAAGGAGCAGCUGAAACGUACACUGUCACUACAAGAGGGUGAUAUGGUAAUAGUAGGCCUUGGAGCGACCAAUAAGACACUCGAGGCUAUGGGCAAGGUGCGAUUGCAGUGUGCCACCGAAUUGGAACGCAAAGGCUUACCCGUGAGGCCUCUGAAGGGCUCUGCCAACGAGUUCGAGUUCCUGUGGGUCACAGACUUCCCACUCUUCACCCCCGAAGAAGAACCUGAGCAAUCGAGCACGCCUAGCGAGAGCGAUAGCAAUCACAGCGCUACAAUGCGGUUGGGUACGACCCAUCAUCCGUUCACAGCGCCACACGCCGAUGAUAUGAAGUACUUGAACGGCACUGUAGAGGGCAUGAUGAAGAUCAGGGGUCAACACUUUGAUCUGGUCGUCAAUGGGGUUGAGUUGGGCGGUGGGUCGAUACGUAUCCACUCAUCUGACGUUCAACGUAAGGUGUUGCAGGACUGUCUGAAGGUAGAUGCUGAAAACUUCGAGCAUCUACUGACUGCGCUAGAGAGCGGAUGUCCGCCACACGGUGGCUUUGCGCUCGGUUUCGACAGGGCGAUGGCUUUGCUGACUCAUGCUGAGAGCCUGCGCGAUGUCAUUGCUUUUCCGAAGUCGUUCUCCGGAAAAGAGCCCAUGACAUCGUCACCGGCUCCGCUCUCUCAGGAAGAUCUAGAUGUGUAUAAUCUACAAUUCAGGCCGGCGGUUAAUGGAGUAUAAUACCACCAUUGAAGUGAAAAUGGCACUAUCGAUGCAUAGGAGAUGGACCUAAUCGUAGCACGGAGAUCCGAUCAUGAUCGCACAAUAGUUUACAAAAUGGAUGUGAAUCACGUUGUAACCUCUCAAGUUGAAUCGAUACCUACUUGUGAAAAGUAGUGGUGAUCGGCUAAUAAUACAGUAGAAUUAGCAGAGCAUUCAGGCAGCUCGUGUAGCUGUGACGUAAAAUAGGCUAUCAGACUUUAGUGGAUAAAUAUGGCUGCUUCCGACAACCACCCAGACCAACGAUGAUUGCAAAUUGAUUAUAUCGGUGAAACAAAGAACAUCAUAGAACCCGGGCGAAAGAAUCUGCCGACGAUGAGAGUCAAUCAGAGCACAUGCGCCAGCUCGUGGAUUGAUCGACACAAGAGCGAAAGAAACAUAUUGCCACAAAGAACUUUGUUUUCUUCGAGAUAUUUCUCAGAUUUUUCCGCAAAUCAUAUCAGGCUCGGACCUUGCAAAUGACCGACUUCCUGGAAGUUAUAUGCGUUGCUGCAACAAUGCGGUAGUUUCCGAUGCUGAUGGGUUUAAAUAGCGUUAUGUUUAGUAUGCAAUAGAUAUCAACUCUUGGCGCUUAAUUUAGAACAACAUCGCAGUAAAAUGCCUGAACAGAACCCUGAAAACAUAUAUGCGCUCUGCUUCUCAUGAGGCGAGUUUCAAGUUUCAUACUAAAUUCUUUAUUCAUAAUGUUUUUGUAUACGUCAAUAAGAUAUCACACUCACGUUCGAGCUUCACAAUUGAUGUUAGCAUAUCCGCUGCGCUUCACAGCUAGGGUACGGGGUUUCACCAUUUAGGCGGUGGUGGUAUCCUUGGUGGUGUUGCUGUUGUCCUGCACGGAUUCCUUUGCAUCUUGAGCGGCAUCCUUCAGGUCGUUCUUCGCGCUGUUAGCCGUGUUGCUCGCUUUUUCUGCUUUGUACCCAGCACUGUCGCCAGCUCGAUCGACCGUGUCCGCAGCUUUCUGGCUGGUGGACUUCUCGCCGUACACGGCUUGGCUGACAGUAUCACUCACGGUGUUCAUGGCGCUGGUGGCUGCCUCCUUAAUGUCGGUCACAGUGUUUGAGUUGGCGGCGUUGGAAGACAUAUUGGAGAUUUGUUGAUCAAUUUAUACUUUGCAGUGUUGUAUUUUUGAUUGAUUGACGUAGGAAACAGAUUUCACCCUCCUUUUA